GCUUUAUACUUUUAAAUAAACCUUAAGGUUAUAGAAUAACCCAGUUUAUAUUUAAAAUUCCCAAGAAGCCACGUGGUUGACUGAACAGUGUUGUUUUUAUCACUUUCAGGUGACAUCACUUGUUGUUUACAUUUAAAUGAACAUUAAGGCUAUACAAUAACUCCGUUUAUAUUUAAAAUUCCCGAGAAGCCACCUGAUUGGCUGAACAGUGUUCUAAAAUACUGUGUCGUUUUGUUGGUAGCCACCACACUCAUAACCUAAAGCACACUGAAGACAGAGCAUACAGCAUCUUCUCUGAGAUAGCCCUUGAGAUCUGACAAACAAUCACUACUUUUCUCUUAGCUAUUUACUUCCAGCACCAUGAAGCGAAGUGCAGAUGGUACCUUCUCUGGUCCAGGAUAUAACCUGAGAAAGACCAGAAAACCUUCGAGCCCUCUGAAGGAUCCCAACCUAUGUGACAACCUUGCAUUGAUAGCACAUGCAGUCAGCUUGGACCACAAGUACAGCUCAAAGACUGGUAGCUCUCGCUCAACAACACAUAAACAACUAAAGGGCAUUAAGCUAGAGAACCACAUCCUUAAAAAUGCAGCUGUAAUUCCCGAGUUAUCUCCAGUACAUACAAACACUCAAACCCCAGCACAUCUGUUAGCACAUGCCGUCCAUUUGGACCACAACUACAUCUCAAAGUCUGGUAGCUCUCAAUCAACAACACAUAAACAACUAAAGGACAUAAAGCUAGAGAACCAAUUCUUUAGAAAAGCAGCAGUCAUUCCUGAGUUUUGCCCAGAAUUUACAAAGUCUCACACCGAAGCCCAUGUGGUGCACACCAGCACUGAGGAACCUCUUUUAAUCCAUGGGAACAGCACAGAAGACCAUCAGAGAACGUAUCAUGCUGUGGUGGAUUCUAUGUUAAAGAAAUCCUCUGGAGAGCCUCAUAACUACAGCCUGCAGUUAGGGCUUCGUGUGAAGCAACGCCUCUGGAAAACUCUAAACUGCCCCACCAUGAUUGAAGAAGAGCAGCCUGAUGGACUCAUCCAAGUUAAAGAGAUGUUCUCCAGACCAAGCCUAAAGAGAUCUGCCCCACGUAUAAAUGUCGACAUUAGUGGUGAACCCCUGCCAUACACACCACAGAGGAAGAGACCCUGCCUGUGACAUCCAUGCAGAGUCUAGAUUAUAUUUAGUGUAUAUACUGUACAUAGUUCUAGAAUAAAUGUUUGCUACUUAUUA